AUGAUUAGCUUUAGAAGAACUGCUCUUUUCAAUAUUUUGAUUUUCUUGUUCUUUUUUGCAACUAAUAAUUAUGUAUUUGCUCAUAAUGGACACUCUUGCUCACAUGGUUUUAAUGAUAAAAUUAAAGAAACUUAAAGAAAGCUUCAUGAAUACUUUAAAUAGAAUCCUGUUGACUAUUCUAUAGAUAAUUAAGAUAGAAAUCUAGGCGCUUAAACUAUUUAACCUAUCAGAGUUACAACAGACUUUUCUCGUUUAUCCUCACAACCAGGAGGCCCAGCUAUCUCAGAUGAUUAAAUGAAAUAUUUAAUUUCUGUCUCAACUACUGUUGCUAAUUUUCUUUCUAAUUUCAUCAAAGUUUAACCAAACCUUAGCAAUAAUAAAUUUGAUACUUCAUAAUUUAGUACUUGUCUCGAAGUUAUUCCUUCAUAAAAUGAUUAAACCACAGGUAUUCCUUAGUCAGAUCUUCAUUUGUAUUUCAUUUUUAAUAAUGAACCAAAGGAAGGAUAUGUAGCAAAUGCAGCCUCUUGUAAUCUUUAGCGUAGCUCUACAUAUAUAAGACCAAAUUUUGGAAGAGUCUAAUUUAACAUUGCUAAUAUGAAGAAUUCUGGUACUAAUCUGGAGAAAUAUUAAAAUGAUGUUAUGGCAACAUUACAUGAAGUCAUCCAUAUCCUUGGCUUUUCUGAUGAUGCGAUGAAGAACUGGUAUAAUAAAGCUACUAAUUAACUAUUAGGCUAAGAAGCAGCAGACAAAUUAAUUACUACUUAAACUCUUAGAGGAAUAUAGACAAGUUUAUUAGGAUCUCCAAAUGUUUUAGCUACAGCCCAAAAAUACUAUGGUUGCCAGACCUUACAAGGAAUGCAAUUAGAAAAUUAAGGUGAUUCAGGAUCUAAGAACUCACAUUGGGAAAGAACAGUUAUCAGAAGUGAAAUAAUGACAGCUUCUGUUCUUGUUGAAGGCUUUAAUUUAAGUAUCUUUAGUGUCUCUCUUCUCAAAGAUACUGGAUAUUGGGACGAUGUAAAUGAAAAUUUAACUGAUCCUAUCUAUUGGGGAAAAGGUAAAGGUUGCGAUUUCUUCCAAAAUGCUUGCAAAAGUUCUACUCAAUAUGAAGAGUUUGUAAAUUCCGGUUAAACAGCUUGCUCUUUUUGGGGUGACGGAUAAGGCUAAGGGGCAAAUAGUGAUGCUUUUGGUGACAGUUGCAAUGUAGCUGAGAUUUAUACUAAUCUUUUAUGUAGCGAUAUAGCUAAUUAAAGUUAAUAAGCGAAUCCUCCAUCAUAUUACACUGAUACUUCAAAUGAUUUUUCUUACAAUUCUAAAUGUUUUGCUUCUACUGUUUACAGUCCUACUGCUAAAUAAAAUAACUACGAUGAUAAACUUAGAUGCCAUUUUACUUAGUGUUCUCCUGAUAAAUCAUAACUAACAAUUAGUUUCUCUCAAAUUCCUAAUACUCAAGUCGUUUGUGGAACUAGUGAUUAAGGAAAUUUAAAGGAUGUAGUCUAUUAAGGAACUAAAUUAGGCCAAAUAACAUGUCCAUCUAAUAUUCCAAGACUAUGUGAUGAUUAAUAGUGUGUAAACUUUUGUACUUACAAUGGUAUUUGCAUUAGAGGAUAAUGCUUGUGUAAUCCAGGUUUUGGAGGUGCUGACUGCAACCAAUAAUGUAAUGGCUUUAUUAACUAAGCUGGAGCAUGUGUGUCUUAAUGUCCAAACGGAACAUUUGGUAACUCUGAUAAUGUAUGUAGGCCAACCUGCCAAAAUGGAACUUAUCCAGACUCAGCUACAGGUUUAUGUAAGUAAUGCGACUUUUCUUGUUCUUAAUGCGCUGGUCCUAGCAGCAAUCAAUGCAAAGCUUGCCAAUUUUUGACAUAUUUAAGUAAUGGUUCAUGUGUUGCAACUUGCCCAAGUGGAUAAUUUGCUGAUGAAACAUCAAAGACUUGUUAGAAUUGUCCUGAUGGAUGCUCUAGUUGUACUAGUUAUACUAAUUGCACCGGUUGUAAAUCUAGUUAUACUAUGAGUUCAACAACAUGUAUUAAUCCUUCAUGUACUUCUCCUUGCGCUACAUGCACAUCUACUCCUACUAGUUGUCUUUCAUGUGCAUAAAAUCUUUAUCUUUAAUCAGGAAAUACAUGUAGCUCUAAUUGUCCAUCAGGUUUUUAUAAAAAUUCAAUAAACAUGACUUGUACUGCUUGUUCAACUGGAUGUAAAACCUGUUCAGAUGCAAAUACUUGUACUUUAUGUGAUAGUUCUAACGGUUAUAGACUAUAGGGUAAUACAUGUACUCUUUGUGCACCAGCUUGUGCAACAUGUUCUUCAUCAAAUCCCAGCAGUUGCUUAUCUUGUGAGAAUGGCUUGUAUUUGUUUAAUAAUUAGUGUGUAACAAAAUGUUAAGAUGGAUAUUUUAAUGGUCCAAGCUACAUUUGCAAUCCAUGUAUGAAUGGAUGCGAUUUAUGUUCUGAUGGAAAUUCUUGUAAAACUUGCAAUGCUAAUUAUAAGCCUUACACAUAUAAAAAUUAACAAGUUUGCAUUAAUUCCUCAUCUUGCUUUUCUCCUUGCUCUACCUGUAGUGGUACUUUCUAGCCUACAACAUGUGCAUCAUGCAAUAAAAACUUCUAUUUAUAAGGUACAAAUUGUGUAGUUUAAUGUAGCUAAGGAUUAUAUGCCAAUUAAUCUACUUAAACAUGUAUCUAAUGUCCUACAAAUUGUUCAGCUUGUCAAGACACCUCAACUUGUACAACUUGCUCAAGCGGCUACUUCUUGUAUCAAAAAAGCUGUGUUAAGUAAUGCCCUAAUGGGUAUUCUGGAAAUAACAAUCAAAUAUGUGUUCUAAUAAAUGAUAAAACUUUUUCUGAAAGAAACUAUUUUGCUUUAAUGCUUUUGCUUUUAAUGAUUGUUUUAUCACUUUGA